AUGAAUGAAAAUGAAGAAGAAGAGACUGAAGGUGACGGAAAAGCAGAAGAGAAAGCGGGCGAACGAAGAAGUGAAGGAGUGAAUGAAAAUGAUGAAGAAGAGACUGAAGGUGACGGAAAAGCAGAAGAGAAAGCUGGCGAACGAAGAAGUGAAGGAGUGAAUGAAAAUGAAGAAGAAGAGACUGAAGAGCCUGAAGAUGACGGAAAAGAAGAAGAGAAAGCUGACGAAAGAAGAAGUGAAGGAGUGAAUGAAAAUGAAGAAGAAAAGACUGAAGGUGACGCUAGUGAAGGAGAGAAAGCCGACGAAAGAAGAAGUGAAAAAGAGAAUGAAAAUGAAGAAGAAGAGACUGAAGGUGACGGAAAAGAAGAAGAGAAAGCUGACGAACGAAGAAGUGAAAAAGAGAAUGAAAAUGAUGAAGAAGAGACUGAAGGUGACGGAAAAGAAGAAGAGAAAGCUGACGAACGAAGAAAUGAUGCAAAGGAACCAAAAAAAAAAAAUAAGAAAAAACAUUCAGUUAACGAAAAUGAAGAAGAAAAGACUGAAGGUGACGGAAAAGAAGAUGUGAAAGCCGACGAACGAAGAACUAAAACAGUGAAUGAAAAUGAAGAAGAAAUGUCUGAAGGUGACGCUAGUGAAGAAGCGACAGCUGAAGGACAAAUAGCGAAAAAAAAUCACUACUGA